AUGUCGGACAACAGACUACAAGAAUUGGAUGAAGCUAUAGCACCUAUAAAAUGGGAUGUCAUAGGUCUUUGUGAAAGCGAAAGACUACGCCAUACAACAAAUAGACUAUCAAUAGCGAAAGUAGCGACAGAUUAUUACAAAAACUUAUACACGGAGACAGACAAAACAACGCCAGUAGAAGAAGAAAAGGAAGCUUACGAAGCAGAAGAAAUACCUUGUAUACUAGAAUCUGAGGUCACACAGGCUACAAAAUCACAAAAAAGUGGAAAAGCUCCUGGAGAUGAUAAAAUAUCUAACGAACUACUUAAACAGUCUCUACCCGCGAUAACCAGAUAUGUGACUCUUCUUUUUAAUAAAAUAAUAGAAACUGAACAAAUACUCAUUCAAUGGACGACAUCAACCAUCAUCCUACUACACAAAAAAAAGCAAGGCGAUCCACUUUCCCCAAAACUCUUCACAGCAGUGUUAGAAGAUAUAUUCAGGAACUUAGGCUGGGAGCAUUUUGGAAUCAGUAAUUAUGGAUUGAACCUAAAUCAUUUAAGAUUUGCCGACGACAUAGUAGUUUUCGCUGAUAAACCAAGCAUACUACAAACUAUGUUACAACAAUUAGAUGAUGAAAGCAGGAAAGCAGGUUUAUCAAUGAACCCAACGAAGACUAAAGUAAUGACGAAUGCAAUAAAAGAAAAUAUAGUAAUAGGACAAGAAAAUAUAGAAUAUGUAGAUGAAUAUAUUUAUUUAGGACAACUUAUUUCAAUAAAAUACCAGUAUUCUAAUGAAAUAGAUAGAAGAAUAUGCAACAUUUGGAAACGGUACUGGUCUCUAAAAGAAAUAGUUAAGAAUAAAACAAUUCCCAUGGCAAUAAAAACCAAAUUAUAUAACACUUGUAUUUUACCAUGUCUUACUUAUGGAUGUCAAACUUGGCCUACGACGAGCAAAAACAAUCAAAAGCUAGUAGUUUGUCAACGCAACAUGGAAAGGAGCAUGCUUAAUAUAAGACUACCAGAUCGAUGGACAGCUUCAAAAAUAAGAAAAAAAACAAACGUCAGUGACGUGCUACAAAAAAUAAGAAAGCUUAAAUGGAACUGGAUUGGACAUAUAAUGAGGACUAACAAAGAAAAAUGGACUAAGGAUGUAAUAGAGUGGUAUCCGAGAAACGGGAAAAGAAAACGAGGAGGUCAAGUUAAAAGAUGGGAGGACGAUCUGCCAUCAGAAUGGAGAAGGUCUGCCAAGGAUAGAGAGAUGUGGAAACGAUUGGGAGAGGCCUAUGUCGACAGACAACAUGACCAAAGUGGUUGA